UGAGCGCGUGCGGGAUAUGUCCCGCCCUGCCAUCCGUAGGAGAUACACACAUUUGCGUUUUUCCCUCACGGUGUGUGUGUGUGUGUGUGUAAGCUCAUAAUAUUCAUCUGCCGUGUUUACGGAGAGGGAGGGACAGACAGCGAGAAGAAAGCUCCGGCUGCGACAGAAACCAAUCAGAGCGACACCUCACCGUAGACAUCGAUCGGGAUUUAUUUAUCGGACGGGAACCGCCAUCAGUCUGUCAAACAUUAACCUUCAGGAACCCCAGAGAAACAUAAGGGCGUUUUUGAAAUAUCGCCGACGACAUGGCUGAUUUCAGUAUUGAUCAGAACAACCUGCCUCGCGUUAAAGAGGUGUGCAGAGACUUCGCUGUGCUGGAGGACCACUGCCUGGCCCACAAUCUCCAGGAACAGGAGAUCGAGAGUCAUCUGGCAUCCAACGUCCACAAGAGCCGCCUUGUGCAACAGGACCUGCGGGUAGCCAAACUUCUGCAGGAGGAGGAAGACCAGCGGGCCAAAGCCGUGAGCAAGAGACAGCUACGACAUAUCGAACGCAUCGACAAUGAAAUGGCACAGGAGAUUCAGGAACAACUGGUCUGGCAGGCUGAACAACAAAGGAAACAGGAGGAGAAAGAUGAGGCCAUCGCCCGCAAACUGCAGGAACGUGAGAUGAAAGAGGAGAGAAAACGACAUAAGCAGCAGGAUUCGAACUUUGAGGAGGAAUACUAUGAAGACCAAGGUGUGUGUGAGCCCCACCUGGUGAAAGAACAAGCUUCUCGACCUCAACAGGACCCGCGACACCAGCAUCCCGGUUCCGUUUCUCCGGGUUACAGAAAAGAACGAUAUCAGGACCACAGCAGUAGCCGAUCCCCGUACAACUCACCAGACCCACACAGAAAACGAAACCCCAAUAACAGUCACGGUACCCGUAGUCGAUAUCCCGACUCAUCUGAAUCUGGGCACUUGAGGCCUCCAGAAAGAUUCCCAGAGCACCAUUCACCCGAGCGGCGACCAAAACACUCUGAAGAUUAUUCGAAAGAAAGACAUCGACCGUUAGAUGUUGAUUAUAUGGAACCACGCAGGAGAAUAAAACCGGAUCCAAUGGACGAAUCCCGAACUUCAAGAGACGAUCAAGAAACUGUAGUGCGCAGGAAGGAGAAACCCCCCAAAGAUCAUUCUGCUACACGGGAUAAAGACAGGAAAAGAGAUAGGGAGCGAGAACAAAAUGCAGCGAAAACCAAAGAAAGACAAAGGGAGAGAGACCAAAGGGGAAGAAGUCGAGAUAGAACGUUUAGCGGAGAUAGAGGAGUUGAACGUAGGGGCAGACCCUUGGACAGGGAGAUGGACAGAAAUAGCUAUGCACAUGAAAGCAAAGAAAGAGGCAGAGAUGGGAAAAGAGAGAGACACAAAAGCAGGGACAAACAUCACAGUAGGGACGGAAGCAGGGAGAAAGAAAUUGACGGUGACAGUCUUGACCCAAGCGGACGAUUUUCAGAGGAUGGUCUGGAGCGGGAGGAGCACAAGAGCAGACCGAGGUUACCAUCAGGCCCCAAUGAUGUGUUUGAGGAGCCAAAUCUCAGAGGUCUCUCAAACGAUGGUCAGUCCCCAAGAGAGAGAGGACGGAGGGUUCGGGGGGAGUAUGGAAUGAGGGAAGCGACGCAUGGCUUGGCUCACUUGGAUCUACAAGAUCAGGAGUUAAAAGACUUGGAGGUGGCACGCAUGCUACAGGAGGAAGAAAUCAAGGCAAGUCAAAUUGACAAAAGAGACGCCCAAGUUUCGCUAGAUGAGGUACGACGUUUUCAGAGGGGUGGCGUUGAAAAGGAAUUAGCCCGACGGCUAAUGGAGGAGGAGAAAAGAGAGUACAAGAAAUCCCGGGACAAGGAGAAAAGACGAGCUGAAGUGGAAUAUAAGCCAGUGCAAGAGGAAGUUGUACGACCAAGAACACGGGACGAAGUGUACAACAGUGAAGAAGAGUACCAGAGAGCACGGAACCACAAACCGGCGAGGCCGCCUCCGCCUAUACAAGACUAUGAGAACAUAAACCCAAGCUACGCUUACGUGGAGAGCCCCUAUUCUCCCCGACCUCCAUCAAGACCAGAGGCGGCAUACAAAGGUGCCUACUACAGACAGUGACCAGAAGCCUCCAAUGCUGUCCAAUCACAAGUUGUUCCUUGAGUUUGGCCCUUUACUUUGCAAAUCAAUGAAGGAGGAAGUAAUUAAAAACUAUUCACAAGGCUUUGGAAAGAAAUCUACUGACACUUUAUUUUUUCUCGGUCAGCUCAACACAUCAGGUGAGCUGAUGUUGUCUCUUCGUGUUGUGAAAGAGUCUUUAACCUGGAGCUUUGAACUACUGCGCGACGGGGGGUUCCUGGUCGCUUUGAUGAUGUUAUGUUCUUGUAUUAUGGACGGAUGGAUGGAUGGAUGGGAAUUUACUGCACAGCUAUUUGGAACAACCAACUCUUUAGGCAAAGAUGAUCAAAAUUUGUUUCAUGCAUUUCCAUCUAUUCUUGAUUCCAUGUUUCGUUGCUUAUCUGUAUGCUGCAGACCUGCAGUUUUUCAAGUUUGUUUUUUUAUCUAAAAUGUUUUGUGAACAUAUAAAGCAAAGUUUUGCGCUAAAUAUUUAUUGAUUUAAGAUGAUAUAUUUUAUUUUAAUAUUUUUUUAGAUUGAUCCGACAAGACUGUUAGCUCAAUGAAUCAGUCUUAAUGCAAAGUUUCAACCCUGUUCUUUAAACAUCUCAAUUGAAUUCUUUUGAUUUCGAGUUAAGGUUGGUUUCAUUGUUAUUCAGAAAAGACUCUUUAGGGAUGCUGUAGGCUUACACACAAGUAAAGUUUGGCCCGGCUCUCUGGUGCCGUGGCGUUGAUUUGUCCCCUCACCUGCAGGGUCCAUAAAGAUUGCUUUUACAUCUACUGAUAUGCUCCAGUGUUCAAGUGCAUGCUGGCUGAAUGUGAACUCUCUGGGGUUGAAUCUUUACAAAUCUUGUCUGGAAACAAAAACAGUGGCCGCAAAACACAGCUCUAGUCAUGUUUUAUUUUUAUACAUUUUUAUUUAUAAUUGACAAAAGAAUAAAAAGUUUCAACAGGCAUGAAGUAGCAUUGGUAUUGGCACCGAUUUAAACAUCGGUUUAAACGCUUACAUCUUCAUAUGAGAAAUUCCCAGUGUUAAAAUUUACAGCGCUUUACAUUUGUUGGCAAACUUCUGGUAACCUGGGGCAUAAAUCUUACCAGCAAUGGCAAAUUUAUAACCGUAAACAACAAGUGUGACUCUGGCAUGGUUUAUCUGGCACUUUCCAGGAAUGGGGAGUAACAAGGCUUGAAAAAUAACAAAUGAAGUCAAAUUGUUUAUUCAACAAACGGUCAAUAAAUAUCCUCAGCAGGUUGACCUAAAUGUAUGAGACUUGUUUUAUUUUCUUUGAGGUUUGCUGUUUCGGCAACCCUGUUACCAAAAUGUGGUGCAUGCUUAACUCAUAAAAUGAAUUCAUAAAAUGUAAAAACUAUGUAACAUUAGAAAUACUGAUAAAAGAUAUGAUCCAUAUUAUUAUUAUUAUCAUACUUUGAAUGCAUUUAUCAUUAUAUUUUCUAUACUAUCUAGAUUAUACUUUAUUAUUGUAUAGCUCUAUACUGUUACCGUCUCAUUUGUAUAUAAUUUUCUCCUAUACUUCAAUUUCAGCAAAAAUAUUCAUCAAAGUUGCUUCAAGAGAACCACAAACAAUACUCACUAGAAGUCUCAUGAACCAGAAAACAUAAACUUCUUAUUGAAAAUAGUGCCCUCUUUUGGUCGCCCGGGGUUUAUGAGUAUAUGAUAAUGUAUUGCUUUAUUUGAUACUUAAUACUUUCUUAAAUCUGUGUUGUAUAAUUUACAAUAACCAAUGAUAUUAUCAAUGCAUAUAAAAAGUGUUGUGCCCCGUUUAUGGAAAGUGCCAUCUGCAUAUCAUUCUAUCUCGCCUUUUUUUACUUCUCAAUCAUUGCUGACAUUCCAUAUUUACUGUCAAAAGUGUUUUAGAGGGGUUUGAUACCAUUGUAUGUUCCACAUUUUGCUUUUGGGCAUUGGCAUACGAUUGUGUGGGCUACAUGUAGCAUCCUGUACAUAAAGAACUAAAGACAGCAGCUACUUUUGUAUCGCAUUAGUGCCUCUAUAACACCAGUGUUCAGUCGCUAGUGCUAAAAAACGCAAACAUCUUACGCUCUCGAGAAUGACAGUGUGUUCGUUUUUUGUUGGUACAUUCCAAUGAAAGGCAUGGCCUGAAGUUAGUCCAGUAAACCUUUAAGGGAAGACAUAUUUUGUUGCCAUGCUGCUAUUAAAUGGUGAUUUAAGAACUUUGUUUCUUGUGAAAUUGUAUUACUGAAUCAGUUUCUAAUCACUUUGUGAGUGUGUUUUAGUGAUGAAUGUGCAAAUAGUUCUCGUUUUUUUUGUUUUCUGUCUCAAUCUAGCGCAUAUCAUGAUAGUGCACACUGUAGUGUUGAGAAGAAUGCUGUAUGCUGAAUUUUUACUGCUAAAAAUGGAUGGAUCCUGUGCCAAAUGUUUAACUUUCAGGGAUGAAAAGUAUUGCUGUAAAACCUGAUUAUUAGUCAUGUGCUGUGUCAUCCGAGAAACAAUAUCUGGUUUACAAAUGAUCCUGUAAGAAAUGAUCUUUCUGCACCUGAUAUGCCAUCGUGUGUUUGACGGAGCGAAAGAUAUUUUAGCAAAAGUGACGCCGAUGCCAGUUUGUUUUACUGCUGCCGGCAAUGUUUUGUGACCGGCUACAAGUGUUUGUAUCUUGCACAUUCUCUCAUAGCUUCCACUGGCAAACUGUAAAUACCAAAUAAAUGAGUUUUAAAGGGUAUGUUCGUGUCUGUAGAUCAUAUUUGUCAUCUCAAAUAAACAACCCCUGGACAUAAACCUG